ACUCACCUCACCAUUUUCCUUCUCAUGGAGCAAUCAUCAUCUUGCAGGAGGAGACUGUUGCUUGCUGCUGUCUUCCUGAAUUUCCUUCUCAUCCCAGCUCGCAGCGGCCAAAAUGACUGCGCUUCUUCUUCUUGCGGCGAGAUCCGCAACAUCAGCUCCCCUUUCCGGCUGAACACAGACUCAGAUCGCUGCGGAGACGAGAGAUAUACUCUCUACUGCGAAAACAAUGCCACCGUCCUCUAUCUCUACUCCGGAAGGUACUUUGUGCGCGCCAUCAAUUACAACAACUUCACCAUCAGAGUAGCAGACGUAGGUGUUCUUGAAGGUGAUUGCUCCUCCUUCCCAGUUUUUCCUCUGGGAUAUUACAAUUUCAGUGGUGGAGAUCCUUAUGGCCCUUACAAUUGGAACCGGACAAGUCCAUACCUUUUGACAUCAAGUAUUGUCUUAGUGAGCUGCCCAACUCCAUUGAAUUCCUCUUUUGUUGGCACUUCUCCUUGCUUGAACAGCAAAAACUAUUCAAACUUGAAGAGGUAUUCGUACCUAUUGCCUGGUAGUGUAACGACUUUAGGGAAUUUGAAGAAACAGUGUACCAUAGAGAAGUCAGUUUUGCUUUCUUCAGCCAGAAAUUAUACAUCCUAUGAAGAUAUGCAUCGUGGUCUUGUGUAUGGGUUUGAACUCUCUUGGUACAGGAUCAACUGCGGCCGAAAGUGCCAUUCUGAUUGCUAUUUAAAUGAUAUCACAGGAAGUCCUGCCUGUGAAGGAGAUCAUGGCACUUUACUACACAUGUGUGAACUCCGUGGCUUUUUUCGAUUGAGAAAUGGCAAUGAUGAAUGCAGAGUAGUUGGUGCUACCCAUGUUCAUGGCAUUAUCAUCAAUUUAUGGAAGACAUUUAAGGGAUCAUAUUUGAGCUUAAUCUAUCUGAUUGGUCUUCUUCAAGCAACAAAAACAACAAUAGGGACUCCAUUUGUCAUUGCAUUGUUGAUCUACAAAUGGAAAAGGAGACAUUUAUCAGCUUAUGACAAAGUUGAAGAAUUCCUACAGAAACAUAACAACCUUAUGCCGAUAAGGUAUUCUUACUCGGAGAUCAAGAAGAUGACUGGAGGCUUUAAAGACACAUUAGGAAAAGGAGGCUUUGGGGCAGUGUAUAAAGGAAAGCUCCGUAGUGGUAAAUUUGCUGCUAUAAAGAUGUUAGUGAAUUCAAAAGGCAACGGAGAGGAUUUCAUCAGCGAAGUUGCAACUAUUGGAAGAAUUCACCAUGUUAACGUGGUGCAACUCAUUGGUUUUUGUGUGGAGGGAACCAAGCGCGCUCUGGUUUACGAAUUCAUGCCAAACGGGUCUCUUGAUAAAUAUGUACUUUCUCAAGAAGGAUUGACAUCAACUAUGACUUGGGAGAAAUUAUGCCAGAUAUCCCUAGGGGUGGCUCGUGGCAUCGAGUACUUACAUCAAGGUUGCAACAUGCAAAUACUUCAUUUUGAUAUCAAGCCCCAUAACAUUCUUCUUGAUGAAAAUUUCACCCCAAAGGUCUCCGACUUCGGACUUGCAAGAUUGUACUCAACAGACAACAACAGGAUAGCAACCUUGACUGCAGUUAGAGGAACAAUCGGAUACAUGGCACCAGAGCUGUUCUAUAAGAACAUAGGACGGGUAUCCCACAAAGCUGAUGUUUAUAGCUUCGGGAUGUUGUUAUUAGACAUGACAGGGAAGAGGCAUAAACCAAAUGUGCAAACAGAAGAUUCAAGCCAGUACUUCCCACAAUGGGUCUACAACCAGGUUUGUGAUGGAAGAGAUGCUGAAAUUGGUGGCACCACGGAGGAGGAAAAUAGAAUAGCCAAGAAGAUGGUUAUGGUGGGGUUAUGGUGCAUUGAGAUGAACCCUAAUAACCGGCCUUCCAUGAACAAAGUGGUGGACAUGCUUGUUGGAGAUACUGAUAGCCUGCAGUUGCCUCCCAGAGCUGUUACAGAAGCUAUAGAAACAUCGGUCAGCGAUGGAACAGAGACAUCAUUUGAUUGUUCCUCCGAUUCUACCAGUUUGAUCCGGAGUUUCAACCAAGAACAGUUAUCAAGUUAGUGCUAGAACUUAAACUGUUUUACUGUGGAAACAAUCAUAUAUUUUGCCAUAUUGUACAACUAUAUAUAUGCACUCUGAUAUGCUGUUAUUUUAUGUUAUUAGUAUUUAUAAUAGAGUCAGGUUAGAUGA